GCGGUCCGGCUCGGGGGCAGGAGGAGCUUGGGCGGGAGGAGCACUCCGUAGGCCCGGGAGCUCGGCGGGCCCUCGGCGCGGGGGAGCCACGGCGCUGCGCUGCGAGCGUGGCUCGGAGAAGAGGGCGUGGAGGUGAGCCGGGUGGCCAGAGCGCCGAGGUGGCCGAUCCGGGGUCGCCGAGCAGCGGGUGCUGUGCGGGAGCCGCAUCUUUCCUCCCGGAUUCCGGGGGGGGCUUGGAGCUGGCCAGGGGGCGAGUGGGAGGGGUGCUGGAGGGCGUCCGUCGCACGCAUUCCGCCCCCUUAUCCCCGUCGGUCUUCCCAGAGCUCUGGGAAGUCCUCGGGUCCGGGCCCAACAGAAAGGAGGCCAGGAGAGACCUUGUCCCAGGUCGGAUGUGCCCGAAAGGGAAAGGACCCGCAGGUUACUUUUGCCAGCCACUUUGGAUUGAUGCGGCACUUUUCACUGUCGUACAGCACUGCUUGCCAAACAGGCCUUCCUCGCUACACAUAGGCAAUUCCACUGUCCAGCAGCAUCUGCCGUGCUCUUAUAGAAAUGCAGCCUCCAGAGCCUCCCUGCAGGCCCUCUGAGUGAGAAGCUACAACUUAAGAUCCCCCAGGUCAUUCCUGGUGCUCUUAGACGAGUCUCUACCAUGGAAUCCAUCUCUAUGAUGGGAAGCCCUAAGAGCCUGGAGACGUUUUUGCCUAAUGGCAUAAAUGGUAUCAAAGACGCAAGGCAGGUCACCGUGGGGGUGAUAGGAAGUGGGGAUUUUGCCAAGUCUCUGACCAUUCGGCUUAUUAGAUGUGGCUACCACGUGGUCAUAGGAAGCAGAAAUCCCAAGUUUGCAUCAGAAUUUUUUCCUCACGUGGUAGACGUCACCCACCAUGAAGAUGCUUUAACAAAAACAAAUAUAAUAUUCGUGGCUAUCCAUAGAGAACAUUACACCUCCUUGUGGGACCUGAGACAUCUGCUUGUGGGCAAAAUCCUCAUUGAUGUGAGCAACAACAUGAGAGUAAACCAGUACCCAGAAUCCAAUGCAGAGUACCUGGCUUCAUUAUUCCCGGACUCCUUGAUUGUCAAAGGAUUUAAUGUGAUCUCAGCUUGGGCACUUCAGCUAGGUCCCAAGGAUGCCAGCCGCCAGGUUUAUAUAUGCAGCAACAAUAUCCAAGCUCGACAGCAGGUUAUCGAGCUCGCCCGCCAGCUGAAUUUUAUUCCUGUUGACUUGGGAUCUUUGUCGUCAGCCAAGGAGAUUGAAAACUUACCUCUGCGACUGUUUACUCUCUGGAGGGGGCCAGUGGUAGUAGCCAUAAGCUUGGCCACAUUUUUCUUUCUUUAUUCCUUUGUCAGAGAUGUGAUACAUCCAUAUGCCAGAAACCAGCAGAGUGACUUUUACAAGAUUCCCAUUGAGAUUGUGAACAAAACCUUGCCGAUCGUCGCCAUCACCCUGCUGUCUCUGGUGUACCUGGCUGGCCUCCUGGCAGCUGCGUAUCAGCUUUAUUAUGGCACUAAGUACCGCCGAUUUCCCCCGUGGCUGGAUACUUGGCUGCAGUGCAGGAAACAGCUGGGAUUGCUGAGCUUCUUCUUUGCAGUUGUUCACGUAGCCUACAGCCUCUGCUUACCAAUGAGGAGGUCGGAAAGAUACCUGUUCCUCAACAUGGCUUAUCAGCAGGUUCAUGCCAAUAUUGAGAACGCGUGGAACGAGGAGGAGGUCUGGAGGAUUGAGAUGUACAUUUCCUUUGGCAUCAUGAGCCUGGGCUUGUUGUCCCUGCUGGCGGUCACUUCCAUCCCAUCAGUGAGCAACGCUUUGAACUGGAGAGAGUUCAGUUUCAUCCAGUCUACGCUUGGCUACGUCGCCCUGCUCAUCACGACCUUCCACGUGUUAAUUUACGGAUGGAAGCGUGCGUUUGCAGAAGAGUACUACCGCUUUUACACACCACCAAACUUCGUUCUUGCCCUCGUUUUGCCCUCCAUUGUAAUUCUGGGUAAGAUGAUAUUACUCCUCCCAUGCAUAAGCCGAAAGCUAAAACGAAUUAAAAAGGGCUGGGAAAAGAGCCAGUUUCUAGACGAAGGCAUGGGAGGAGCGGUUCCUCAUCUGUCCCCAGAGAGGGUCACAGUGAUGUGAUGACAAGAGGUGCUCGCAGAAGCCACACACACUUCCAUCCAUGCCAUUACUUUAGGCCCUCGCCUUGGUCCCUGUCAGCGGGCUGUUGAUUGGCAGUCCUGCAGUCUGAAACCUGCAGUAAGUUUUCAGCAGAAGGAGAGAUUGGAUUCUCUUCAAGUUAAUUUUUAUAAAUGUCAUAUUUUUCCAACAUGCAAUUUUGUAGUCCACAUCUAUUGUUACAAUCUAGAAAUUUCCUUUGUGCAACUGUAACACUGUUGUUCUUUUAACCAUAUUGCAUAGUUGGGCACAAAUAUUUGUACUUAAUAAUACAGAUGAGAUAUAAUGUUUAGAACACUUGGCAAAACAGCAGAAUUAGAAGCUUUUAACAUUACUCAGUGGACAUGCUCUUUCCCCAAGGCUAAAGAUUUUAAUUACUAUUCAAUUUAAGGAGCAGAAAUGCAUAAUCAUAUAUUAUUGAGAAGGGGCACAUCACAUUAGCAUCUAGGGUAUGCAGGAGCAAUCUUAUGCUCUCAUAAAAAUGGGACAGGAAGGAUGUCAUCCAUUAUACACAGCACUGUGAGUAUGUGAGCACAAAUUAAAGACAAAUGAAAAAUUGUAUUGAAUGUGCACUGGAGAUACAACAUACCAAUGCAUAACUCACGAGAGCUUUAGUCUCUAUCACAUUACAGAACCCUUCCAUCUUCCUGUUUAUGUCAAUCGGGAAGGAUCUAGCAACACUUGACCUCCCAAGCAGGUACUCUGAAUACGGUAUUGUGGGCCUGUCCUUAGUUACAAUGAAAGUAAUUGUCACACGUCAGUCUAUAUGUUACUUUGGCCAGUCACCACCCUUCCUGUGUGGAUUUUAUCGACAUCCACUGAGGGAGUAUGGAAUGGUUGUAAACACUUGCCCAAUUAAUACUUACAACAAACCCAUGAAAUAGUUAUCUUCAUUUCCCAUAUGGAAAACUGAAGGACAGAAGAAUUAAAUUUUCCUGAGGUCACACAGUGAGCAGCCAUCCUAGGGAGUCAUUCGUCAGGACCCACGGCUUUAUAAACAUCAGUAUACACAACCCCCGAUCCAUCUCCAUGUACUACAUUCUCGACGCCAGCCUUGAUGGUUCCUUUCUGGUAGAGUCAUUGGCAGUCUUUGGAGUAUGUCGUGUGCAUCAAAGGAUAUCUAAAAGUAUCUCAGUCAUAAUUUUAUUAUUACUUGUGGGUAGUCCAUAGUUGCCUGGAAACCCAUAGUAGCACAAAGCCUCCCCAUGCAGUGCAGACCGAGCAGGGAGAAGGCUCCUAACAGUGUGGAUGAACUAUUAAGAUCCUGUAGCUCUUUAAAAUUUUCCAUAAGGUGGCCAUGUCCUUUCUCCUCCUGAGAAGCCCCUCCCUUUACUGCUGUUCAUUAGGAAACUGUUUUUAAGCACAAAGGAUAUUAGGACAAGUGGUUAAUUAUAAAUCUAUAUGAUUAUGUGUCCCUGGACACAUAAUUAACAAAAUUUGUCAGUGCUGGUCUUCCUUGUGUAAACUGCAUUUUGUUCAAACAUUAGGGUAUAUUACAUUUUCUCCAUUUGUUCCUUUUUUAUUACAGUAAAAGUUCUAGACAAGAUGUAAUUGUGUGUAUUCUUCCUAAAAUUGUAUCACCUCUAAAGUUACCUACUGACUUGAAUCCAACCAUCAGAAAUAAAAGGACUCUUAUUUUUGUGGAACCUAUCUUUCCCACCAUUGUCUGUUUUCCUAUCCUUGUACUGCUGGCCUGGAAAAUAGCCCACUACUCUUUGAUGUUGUCUUCUUGGCCAAAUGUAAUAUUGAACACCUCAUCUUCAUUAUAUUAAUCAUAAUCAAUUUUUGUAGGAAUUCAGUACAUUCAUGACUUUUAACAGUAAAUACCAACAAGCUGGGUGUGGUGGCUCAUGCCUUUAGUCUCAGCACUCAGGAGGCAGAUGCAGGCUGUUCUCUGUGAGUUAGAGAUGAGCCUGGUCCACACUGUGAGUUCCAGGCCAUCACCGCGAGACACUUUCUAAGUACAUACAUACAUGCUUACAUACAUACAUACACACAUACAUACAUAAGUACAAAGCGAGACACUAAGUACAUACAUGCAUACAUACAUACAUAUGCAGUGAGACACUGUAUAGCACAUACAUACAUACAUACAUACAUACAUACAUACAUACUUACAUACCGGUACUGUCAUGAACUAGUGAAAAAUAGCAAUGUGUUUUUAAUACUUGCUUACUUCUUGAACUUUACUGUAAGGCAAUUAAAUGUGGAAAUACAAUGAAAUAUUUCUAAAAGUUAGAUGAUUAAAGUACAUUGUUAUGCAUAUGAUAGGAAGCCUGUAAUAUAAAAUUAUUGCUAAUAUACAUACAUGGGACCUUUGAAAAUAUGAAAUUAUGUAAAAGCUAUGAAUUUAAUUUCAAAUGACACUUUUUCUUUGGAAUGCUACCAAAACGGAAUAGCUUUCGUUUUUAGAAUAAAUGUAAUAUAGUCCUUGCAAUUCUAAGUGCUGAAAGGCCUGACCUCUGGGAUGGAGAAGUCUGACCCCUGGGAUGGAUGUGGGGUCAGAGCACGGACUCGUUGUCCUCUGACAAGCACACUCAUGGUCUCCUUCCUCCUUUUCUCUGUCUCUGUCUCUCUGUGUAUCUCUCUCUGUCAUACACACACACACACACACACACACACACACACACACACACACACACACGUCAAUGAAAUAGAAUUUAAAGCUUUUAGGGGUGGAGAGAAGGUAGGGAGACUUUAAGGGAGUGAACAUGUGUUUCCUGAUGUUUGUCUUGAGUAGGACAAGAGACGAAAUGAUGGGAGUGUAGAAAACAGAACCCGUCUCAGUCCUCUGUAACGACAGCCAAAUAAUUUUUCCUGAGGGAAAAACCCAUAUAACAUGUAUCAUGCUACUUAACUUUUGUGCAGAUUUCUUCUCUCCUUUAUUAAGAAUAUUUAAAACCACAUUUAAAUAAUAAAUGUAUCCAUCCAUUUUAAGAAGAUACACUGAAAUUUAGCUCAGAGAAUCUCCAUGAGCUUUCUAUUUAAAAUUUUAAAACAUUAUAAAGUGUGAGUAAAUUUUGAUUAUUUAUCAGAGCUAAUUAUUUUGUACAUUAUAGAAGGUGCUGAUGUGUCCAUGUGUAACUGCUGGAUUCUUAUAAAUAAGCAUAACUUCAAGUUUGACUGAAGAAUUUUACUUUCAAAAUUAAUUAUUAAUUUGAUAAAAAUAUAUUCCUACUUACAGUUAAGUUAUGAAAAUUAUUUUUUAAAGGGGCUCCAAGCAUAUAUUCAACCUGGUAUACAUAGUGAGUUCCAGGAUAGCCAGGACUAUAUAUAGAUAGAAACCCUGCCUCAAAAAAGAAAGAAAAAGAGAGAUAGAGAAAGAGAGAGAGAGAGAGAGAGAGAGAGAGAGAGAGAGAGAGAGAGAGAAGAGAAGAGAAGAGAAAAAGAAAGAAAAGAAAGAGAGAAAGAAAGAAAAGGAAAAUGAAUAUAUUCAAUUUUGCUAUUAUUUCUCUCUUAUGUAAAUAACAAAAGUCUUACUUUAAAUUUUAUAUGUCAUUAAGCUAUUUAGUAAUAUAUUCUAUGAUGUUCCCUCCCCAAAUGAGGCUUACUUAUUACAAAAUUUAGCUUUUUCAUAUGGCAUUUAAAAUAUAAGUAUCAUAAAUAUAAUUUAUAAUAUACUACAAACAGCUAAAUAUACCUGUAUAAAUCUAUAAAAUCCUGCUUUUGAGAUGUGCAAGCAGACUGAAAGACAGCAGAAUUGUUCUGUACAUUCGCGACAAAGCAAUAGCACCCACAGUGUAAGGCACCCAGUCCAGUGUUAUGGUUCUGUGUGAUGUCAGGAACAUGAGGUGCCCAACCUUCCACUGCUCUGAAUUCAGCAGGACAAGUUCCAGCAUCUAUUCUGUCUUUGUAAUUAACUCUAAAUGAAAGUGUAGCCAGUUUAGUGGAAACUCUGUUCUUGUGAACCCCAGGAGUGAACAGGUUCUUCCCUACUUAUGAGUGUUAUAAAGUGCUCAGUUUUUCAGGGGUCCUAGCCAUAUGAUAAAACAGGGCUUCUGGUUAACCUGAGAUCCAUACUAGGAAUUGUUGGAUUGUUUUUAACUUUACAAAUCACUAAAUUUCCACAAUGCAGGCAGGCUAGGAAUCUUCCUGGUAGCUUAGGGACUCUCCUGUUGACUAAACACACAAAGCAAGGCAGGUGCUCUGUCCGACAGUUCACAGAUGUUCGUCCUUCACGGUCUUUUCCUCACCCUUGAGCUGCUGAGGACUGGCUUCACAGUUACUCCUGGAGCUAGGUGCCCUUGGGACUAAUCUCUGUGACUCACUGAGAGGUGACCCUGGGAUGAGUGCUGGUCUCUGAGGACUCUGCUCGAAGGGAAGGAACUUGGUAUGUGUUCUUCGUGGGCCCUCAGUCUGGCUGACGAGGCUGUGGGUAAACAACUGUCCCCAGAGGGUCAGGGCAUCAUGCUGAAAAGGCUGAGGAGAGAAUAGCGAACAGACAAGCCUCUGCUUCUCCCUGCGUUUCAACCAUUAUAAAUUUAAGUUUCUAGGUUCCGUGAAAUGUAAAUUUUAGCCCUGCCAGUUCUUUCUCGCAAUACAAAUUUAACAUUCCUGAAUAGGUUAGACUGUAAUAAUCCUGAGUUUUAAAAGAUUUUGAAGGAUAAUAUACAAUUUAUAUUAAAAUCAAUAUUCUGUUGUUAAUUAAUUAUACUUUAGUUUUAUCCCCAUCUUUCAUUAGCUAUUUUGUAUUGAUGUGUAUAAUUUUCUUUGUGUGUAUUCAUUUUUGCUAAAGGCCUGUAUCCUGCAACAAGUUGCUGUUAAAUUAUACACCAUGAUUUUAUGUCAUUCUCAUAGAUCUGCUUUAUAAACAUUUCAAUUAAAAGUAUUAUUUAAUGUUUUAUUCAUUCUGCUUUUCUAUCUUACUGAAUAACUUGAAUGUUUCAUUUAAUAUUUUGGUCUUUGCUUUUAAAAGGACAUCCAGAAAGCAAUCCAACUGAUAGCUUUGCUAGGGUAGGGGACUCUUUGUUUUCACAGAAGUCAUUUAGGAAAAUUCUAUUUAAAGACUAUCAUUUCAUUUUAUUGAGCAUGUUUUAGAUGAGGGUACCUACAAUAUUUAAGCUAUUCUGUAAGACAGGAAUAUAGUGUUAUGUGUUGCUAAGUGUCUCAUGUCUAAUACAGUUUGUUCUACAGCAGAUAUUUAAAGGGACACGGCUCAUUUCUAUUGAAAAUUAUACCAUUCCUCUCUUCUGUGCCUAUUUCUUCCUGCCUGAGCCUCACAUUGCUCACCAUCACUGUCUUCCCUUUUUGGCUUGCCUCCUGUCCAGUGGCCCAGAGCUGCCCUGUCCUCCUAGGGAGGAGUUGCUAGGGUGCUGCCAUCACCGGUGUCACACUGCUUCAUGUGGAAGGGUCCCAUACACACAGCAGAGCAGGAGAAAUGGACUCUGCGUGGAUCUGCAUGAAGAUGCUUCAGUGUGUAUCCUGACAAGGUUACCAGAAGAGGAUUCUCAGUGAAAACUGAGUUACAGGCAAACAAUAAAUAGCCUUUUACCAUAUGUAUUUUAAGAAUGGGACACAUAUUACGUGGCCUUUUUAUUUUCCUAAUAUGGCAUCCCGAAAGAAAGGUAAACCCUGACUGAGGAGACACGACAUAAAAUUGCACUAGGAGAUCUACCAUCCAUUUGUUUCCUCUAGAUGGAAUGUUCCAAAAUGCAAUUCAGCAGACCUUCAUGGCAAUAUCCUAUAAAUCUUACCAAUUAGCUUUACCUGUUCCAAAGCCAGGUUUAGCAACAUCUACGCUUUUUCCUUUCCCCUCCUCAGAAACAACAGUCCCAAAUAAAGUGAUGCCCACUGUGUGUUUAUGAAGGGCUCAGAAAACAGGCAGGCUCAAGUGGAGCUGUUGACUGGCAAAUGGAGUAUGAAAUAAAGUUAUCUUUGUGGUUGUAGGCAUCUGACCUCGCAAGCUCUAAAUCCAGAUUGCGUUGAGAGGCUUGGUGACAGAUUCAUACUGAACAAGUGCAAAGUAGUAGGCAUUAAAUUAACAUCGCAAUUUACACACUGGAAAUUAUCAGUAUUCUACAGGUGAUAAUACCAAUCUUACUUUAACUAAACAUAGUGUAUUAUUCAGGCUGUUCAUAAAGUUCUUAUUUUAACUUAAAAGAUGGUGAAAUUUAUUAUGGGCUGAAUUGUGUCUUCCAAAACUUGUAUGGUAAGUCCUAUCCCCCAACCGCUUAAAAAAAAAAAAAAAAAAAGACUGUAUUUGGAGACUGGCCUAAAGAGAUCAUAGGGGUGAGAUCAAAUGGGUGAAUCUUAAUCCAAUAUGACUGACAUCCUUUUAAGUAGAAAACGGACAUGGACAGCCACAUGACGUAAAGGGAAGAAAAUAGCAAGCCAAGAAAAAAGGUCUACACAAAGCCUUGGUCUUGAUUUUCCAGCCUUCAGGACUGUUAGAAAAUCUUUGUUUUUAAGCAUUUGUUACUGCAGACUUCAAUAACAAAUGCAAGGACUAUGCAAUCCACAGAAGUGAGGUAAUUUAUACAACUUGAUGUCAUUAGAAUAAGCGUAUCUAGUGAAUCCUACUUUACAAUAAAAACCUGUAUCUAGGGGCCUUCAUUUUGCCCUCUACCAUGUAAGCACAGUACAUAGUUGAUAGUUCUAAAUGUGCAGGAACGUUUUCACUUCAUAGGGAUACUGCUGUGUCAAAAGCUAAAGAGUUGAUCUGGUGGAAGCAGGUCUUUUGUUUGUUUUUGCUUUUUUGUCUGGUGUUAUAAAUUUAUUUCCUCCGUGACUGCAUACUGCAUUUGUCCUCUACAUAGGAACAGUUCCCUGGCUUCACCUGCAAUCUGAAUUACUAUGGAUACAUUUUUGAUUUGAGUAUCUGACUUCAGGGGUAGCUGUUCUACUUGUCUUUUCUGUUCCAUUUGUCAUGUAUAAAUUUCAGAGGUGAUUAGUUUGUAGGCUGGCAACUCUAAGUCAAUAUGAAAAAGACUGUUUAAAGUGCAUGAGUAAAUUAAAUUCCAGCACUCUUCUGCUAGAAAUUUCCCCAAAAGCUAACCCACUAUAUUAAUAAUAUUUAAUAUAAUGCUAUAAAAGUUCUCUAAACAAACUACUUUGUCUCAGCAGGUAAUAAUCUUUGUUUGAACAUUUAGGACAAGCAGCAUUGGUUUAGAGAGAAUUAAAUUCACAUGUAACUUAAAUACUUACAAAAUGUUUGUAAUUCAUGAUAAUGAAUAAGUGCAGUUUUGCUAACUUGCUAAUGAGGCACGGUGAAAAACAAAAUGGUAAGAAUUAUAUUAGUAUUGAAUUUGUUUAAGUCUAUGUUUAACUUCGUUCAUUACUUCUAAAUGUACAAAUUGUAUUUAGGUUGAUAUAUGAAAACUUUGUUUUACAUGUACAAGUGCUUCUAAGAAGCACUAAGUCAUAUCUUCAUGAUGCUACGUUCUGCGAGCGGCCAAUGUAUUGACGCACUGAAACAUUCCGAUUCCCUGGGUAGACCUGAUUUCUCGCGUUUCUCUAUUAUUAAUUGAUCUUUUGUUGAAGUAAUUGGACAUCUCGGUAGACAUUAAUCUUUUUAUCCAUCUAUGUUCACCUGCAUCAUCAUAAACAGGGAUCAAUGAAUAGUAAUUAAAAUUAAAUCCACACAUUUAAACAGUCGAAGCUCUUGAAAACAUAAACCUUGGUGCACUUCUAAGGAGAAAUGCUGUGAAACAAAUAAUUGUCACCAAGUCCAUUUGCAAAUAGAGGAAGCCCCAGCCAGUUCCUUUUUCUUUUGAGAUGGCUAACUUUGGUAAAACUGUUCCAAAACAAUAAUAACAAAAAACUACACAUCAUGAGCUUCUUAGUUUUUAUAUGUACACUUGUUAAAAUGGGCAUUAUUCACACCAGGAGGUGCAAAGUUCUGCAUUCCUGACGAGCCCCUAAUGGCCACACAGUUAGGAAACCCAUGAAAACCACUUUGAGUAGCAAGGAUCUAAAAUGCUUAAUCUAGAUAAUUUACAAAAUUCUUUCAUUUUACCUUAAAUCAAAAUCUAGCCCUUGACAUUUUCAUGAACACUUAUUGAACACCUUCUAUGAUAUUGACUAGAAGGACCAAGAGUAUGGCCUUCAGACCAACUACAUCAGCAUCACAUGGGAACUCACUAUAAAGGCAAACUGGAACCAGACAAGGUAUUCACAAACAUGCCUACCUACAUCUCCAGCAUGUCACAGGCUGGGGACACACAGCCACACCUUCACUCAGCAAGUAAGCAAAUUAGUGGCUAUGUACAAAUUUUUAAUUGCCUUAGUCUCAGUAGCAUAACAUGGUUGGGCUAUUUCGUCAAUAAAUUCCACUAACUAUACAGUGAGCACCAAAAAACAAAACAAAAUAAAAGACAAAAAAAAAAGAGCAUGCCACUAAGCGUGACAUCUAAAACAACAGAAAAAAUACAGGCUUCCUGGGAAAGAUCAGGCCAGACUGUUUCAUAGAGUGUAAGCCUUCUGAAGAUGGUAGCAUGAAGUUUGUACUCUAUGAAGAGAUCACAAGGCGACUGAGUAUGAAGUGCGUGAGACUUCUGUCCCUCUUGCUUCUCAACCUACUAAUGAAUAAAAUAAAUGCUAUCGUAG